AUGCAUUUCGCGGACCCCAAGCUGAAGACCAUCCACACAGGUAUUCUUUCCAUCCUCAGCUCGCCCUCGACCAAAGUCAUGAUUCUCAGUCUUGCCCAACAAAAUGAUCACUUUGCAAACACGGACGAUGACACUAUUGUCGAUAUGAUUCUCAACUCCUUGGAGGUCACCAUCAUCAACAUGCACGAUGAAGGGGCGAUCCCUGCGCCCAGAGCAAACAUCUUUAUCAACUGUCCAGCGGACACCCUUACGGAAUGGAACAUCUGGCGAACUCAUAUCUGGGGGCUAUCCUUCACCAAUCCAUACACGAGACACAGCGAGCUCGCCACCAUCUCUCGUUGCUCUGGAUGUCACUCGUGGAAUAACAUGGACCAACACAACCGUGACGCCCCCCGAGACCAAUGUGGCUGCAACGGGAACAGUGACCUCUGUAACCGAGACACCCCCUAUGACCGCCGCCCGCUCCUCGACGAUGACCGCAACCGCCGCCCCAACUACUUCCUGGACACCUUGCCCGGACCGCUGCGACAUCGCGAUCCCCAUGCUACUGACUCAGGCCCACGUUCACCCCCACCUCGCUAUGCCGACUACUGGGACUACGAGCGCACACACGGCUUCAAUAGGGAAUGCGACUACAUGUAUGACCGGGACUGCGAGUACCAAUGA